AUGGUAGAUGCAUCAGUUCAUCCAUUUUCGUUGUCUUCCAGCGGGGCCGGUUUGCAGAAACCCAUUGGUCAACUGAACUCAACCGCAAAUGAUAUACGCCCCUUCUUUACUCCGUUUCCAUGCGUUUCUGAGACAUUUCCAAGUCUCUCGCUGCUAGGUGCGGAGGUUCGUUCUCUAGAGGCCUCAGUUGUGACAAACUACAACGGUUGGAUUCCCUCGGGGUGGAGAUUCUCGCAGCCAUCGAUCGAAAUCCAUAACGCAUCAUUCUGUAAUGUCACAGUGUCUUACACCCAUCCAGGUCACGAUGAUAUAGUCAAUGUUGAGACAUGGCUUCCAACAAAGGACUGGAAUGGGAAACUCCAGGCUGUAGGAGGCGGUGGAUGGCGUGCCGGUCGGUUCAUACUUAGUUACGCUGGCAUGGCCGGUGCUGUCGCAGAUGGAUAUGCAACUGUGACUACUGACGCAGGGCUUGGAGACGCUGUUGGGCCAGCGACCUGGGCUUUGAUUAGUCCCGGAAACUCCAACCUUUACGCGCUUCACGACCUCGGCUCACAAACACUGGAUGACGAGGCAAUAAUCGCGAAGCAUCUUAUCAAAAGCUACUACGGUCACGAACCAACAUACUCGUAUUGGAAUGGCUGCUCUCAAGGAGGACGACAAGGAGCAACACUUGCCCAGCGAUACCCAACUGCGUACGAUGGUAUCAUUGCAGCGGCGCCGGCGGUAAACUGGGCAGGGGUAUUUAUCAACACCAUGUGGCCGAAAGUGUAUAUGGACGUUACGGGACAAUACCCCCAACCAUGCGAGUUAAAAGAACUCACAGCGCUCGCUAUCUCUACUUGCGACGGACUUGACGGUGUCCAAGACGGUAUUAUCGCAAACACGAAUGACUGCAAAAAGAUAUUCAAUCCCUUCAAUCAUGUGGGAUCAAAAUUCUACUGCCUCUCUCUAGGAAACUACACGAAUCUUAGUCAUGCGGCCGCGGCUGUUGCCAAUGCGAUGUGGACGGGGCCUGUGACCGCUGAGAACGAACCCACCUACUUGCAUGGCUUGGAAAUGGGCACAGAUCUCACCAAAGGUGCUCCAACAAGCUGCGAUAAGGACGGUCGGUGUGUUGGGGUACCUAAUGUCGCCGUCAAACUUCUGACUGGGUACUUUGUUGGUAAAAAUCCCGACUCGAGCACCACCAAGAUCUCCUUCAAAGAGCUAGAGCGAGCCUACCGCUCGUUUAGACAGCAGUACGAUUCGUUCCUGGGCUCUGACGAUCCUGAUCUGACAGCAUUCCGGGAUGCUGGCGGUAAAAUGAUAACUUUCCAUGGACUGGCCGAUCCAACUAUUCCUACGAAUAUCUCGCUAGAAUAUUAUCAGAAAGUGUUGGCACUUCAGCCAGAUGCUCCAGACUUCUACCGGUACUUUCUGGUUCCAGGGCUAGGACAUUGUUGGGGUGGCCGUGGUGGCCAACCAAUUGCCUUGUUCGACCAGCUAACACUCUGGGUUGAGAACGGAACAAUCCCAGAAAGCUCGCCCGUAACUAUAAUGAAGCCGGACAAAACGCCAGAAGACCAGAUAUUGUGCCCUUACCCGAAGAAGGCUGUUUUUCAUGACGACAGGCUGGCUAGUCCAUCUGGGUGGUCCUGUAUCCCAUGAACCAUGGGC